GCUGCGGCUUCAGUUUGUUUCAGUCGCUCCUACACGCCGGACGUGUCGCACACGUCUUUCACAACCCAACACACGCACGCCAGUCACAUACACGCAUACGCACACACGCUGUGUGCACGUGCGUACUCGCUCUAGCGAUUCGCGCGAUUGGCUCUCGCGAGAACGAAGCCGUUUCUUCAGUCAAGCGCAACUGCUCGAACGCAACGCAUGUGUACGCUCGUCCGCGUCUUCCUCGAGAACGAGCAGCCAGAGGAGCCGACGGAGUCGUUGUCGGAGAAGUUUCCCGCAUUCUCAAACGAGAUCGCCGAACUCGUCACCGACGUCUAAUAGUACACACGCGCCCACAUCCACGUAUUCGACGUUUCCCGCGCACUUUUCGCUCGCGGCAGCGUCCGUGGCGACACUCAGUUCGAAACGCGCGCUAACGCCACCGGCCUACCACGUGAUACGGCGCUGUAUCGACCACCGGGCGACCGCGGCGCCGAUUGGCCCGGUCGACUCGUGCCUCACGCGCAACGUCAGUUCGGGCUGCCGUCUGCUGGCAGUGUCAAGUGGGUUUCUUAGGUACGUUCUCUCGUCAACGAACAAAGGAUCGGCGGAAGGCAUCUCGCUUGUGACUUCUUCACGCUCCGUCACCGACCUCCGUGCGUGCAUUGGUGUCCUGCACAUCGACGUCCUGUCGUCAAGCGCGUCACGUCUUAAUCGACAAAUUCGCGUGACAAACACACACGUAGUGCUGCGACAGUGCUCGCGGUUCCACGGACGCUUUUGACAGCUCACUGUGACAGCGUCGCAACGAAUCGUCGUCGAGUUUUCUCACUCGCCAGACGUUGUCAUCGGCUGCCGAAGAGCGACCUGUGACCGACGUGUCGGGGGAGUCGUCGACGAGACACCACGACGUCCCGGAGAUGAUCGGCUGAAUCUCCCGAGUCGGAAAGUCUCAGUGUCCCUCGGUGGUUUCUCUUCCUUCGUAUCCUUUCUUUCUCCCUCCUUCUCUCUUUCUCUCUCCCUCUCGCGUGCCGUGGGAGAGAGUCGCAAGACUGACAGAUAUACAUCUCCUUCGUAACGCUACCGCGAACUUCGAAUACUCCGCUGAUCGUGCUCCUCUGUUGGUCGAAUCUCACCGCCAGUGGUGCGCGGACUUAAGAUGUACAGUAUGAACUACAUCGGCAAGUUCAUCAGCAACUUCCGCGACUUCUACAAUGAGAUCAACGCGGCGACCCUCACCGGUGCGAUCGACGUCGUCGUCGUCGAGCAGCCGGACAGCUCCUUCUCGUGCUCGCCUUUCCACGUCCGCUUCGGCAAGCUCGGCGUACUUCGCUCCAGAGAAAAAGUGGUGGACAUUGAGAUAAAUGGGGAACCUAGGCAAAUUCAUAUGAAACUUGGGGAUUCUGGUGAAGCCUUUUUUGUGGAAGAAGUUGGCUCAGAUGGAUCACCAACUGACAGAGAAAUUCCACCACAUCUGGCCUGUUCACCCAUACCAGAUGACAACUGUUUUCCACCCUCACGAUUCAAUCUCCUAUCAGAUCUGCCUCCAGAACAGAGAGAAAAAAUUCUCAUAGAUUCUGUUCUUUCCAUCGAACGCGAGAAAUGGGAGCAGAUGUCCGCCUUGCCGCCUGACCAACGAGAGAAAUUCCUAAUAGAACAAUUCUCUGAUCUCCCUGCGGAACAUCGUGAGAAGUGGUUACAGAUCGCCUCACUGACCGCGGAAGAGCGAGACGAGAUGUUUAAGGAGAGCUUCGGCACUAUAUCGACACUGCAGAAGCAGCAGAUGAUCAGGGAACAAUAUUCCGCCUUAAAAACAGAGGACAAAGAGCGAUUGUUUAAGGAAAAUUUCCCGGAAUUGCCGAUCGAGCAGAGACAGAAAUUUGAGAAAGCUUUACUGAGUGACUGGAAGGAGAAAGAUGAAAAAUGGGAGGAAAAGCGCGACAAGUCCAAAGACGAGGACGAUGAAAUAUUCGAUAUGGAUGGCAUCAACGAUGAAGAACCCAAAGUAACGAUGUCAACGCCCAAAUCCUUCGUAGCUGUUACCUCAUCUGAGAGAAUUCGCAAGAUCAGCGUGGUGAAAAACGAUUUCAGGCCAAUCACGGACGAUCCUCAAAGCAGCAGUAAAGAAAAGUCCAGCGACGAGUCGAACCCAUCUUUGAGCAAGAAAAACUCAAAGGAGGAGAACGUCGAAGAGAUAAAGAGUAUUAGUUCCACCAAGAGGAAACGCAAGAGGAAGAGUAUUAUGAAGAAGAAAGGAUCACAGAGAAAGACCAGCAAUGGCAGCAGCAGCCAAACGGAGAUGAGCGAGACCGAUGUGAUUGUUACCGAGGAAUCGAUCAACGAAACUAUCCUGAAAAGUCCCACUCCAGUCACAGAAGACGAGAAGAAAAGUGCCUCAGUGGAAAUGUCAAUAUCUCCUCAAGACACAGUCGAAAUACGCCCAGAAACCGACUUUCACUUCUUCAGCGACACGGAAGUUACAAAAAAUCAGGAAUCCAGACCGUCCUCGCCCGUUCAGUCGGACACGGAAUUCGAGAUGCGUAAGAUCACUCAGGAGGGUAGCGAGAGGGAAGACGACAAGAGCCAUCAGCAAAGCUGGAGAUGGGGUGAACUGCCUAGCCCACCUCCGGAGCCAGCGCAUAUGUCGCACAGGAACUCGCUGAGUUCCUCAGCGACUGCUAAUCAGCCGAACAACACAGAUGCACACCGAUCUAUGCUCAGUGGCAUGUUCUCCUUUAUGAAGAAGACUUCUCGCGUAAGACACAAUCCGGAAUCAGAGGGAAUUUAUCUUAGCGAUCUUAAUGCCGACGAACUGGAUCCCGAAGUUGCGGCACUUUAUUUUCCCUCCUCACAUCGAGGCCCGACAGUGGUUAAAGAUGGGAAAGCAGUGGAUGAAGAAGACACAGAAUCAGGUAAUGGACCGAGUUUACCUCAAAGCCCCAACAGCGUUGAGGGAGCUAUUGGUGGGCCGAAAUCGGUGGACAGCGAUUUCGAAGAACCAAAGCACUCAAUAUUUGACAACACUGUAGAAAUAAGUUUGUCUCUGUGCGGUGGUCUGGACAGCGAGAACGGACCAUCCAAGGAAGCUUUUCACGAAAAUUUACUGCAGUUUGAAGAUGUCUGUGCUGAUCCGAAAUUGUACGAGAAUCCUAACUUGGUCGUGAAAAUCAAUGGAAAAUUCUACAACUGGGCCACAGCCUGUCCGAUAGUAAUAACUUACGCCGUUUUCCAAAGACACUUACCGCAGAGUACGAUCGAAAAUCUGUACAUGCCGUUACUGAUGCACGAAAAUAAGAAACAACAGAACAGUGGCAAGCCUGAAAGCCGUAGCGGAUACAGCUCGUGGUUCUCUUGGAGACGUUCCACACAACCUACUAAAAAAUCGCAGGAUAUUAGUCAAACCGAUGGAGUUGCCAUGCAAACGUCCGAACAAUCGUUGGAAGCAAAGGCCGCGAUAAACGAAGAAGUACCUCCUACUAACAGAGAAGCAAAGACUGAGGAAACUAUAGAUUCGUCAAAUACACCCGAAGCUAUAGAGACAUGUACGAGAUUGACAUCCGCAAGCAAGGAAACUACACUCACGAAAACUGAGAAGGCGCGUGAGAGAGAAGGCGAAGGUUACAGUGGUAGCGAGGACUCCGACAGCAACCAGAACGAACCACCCGGUAUAAAGAUGCCCAUAGAAAGAAGAUCGUAUUAUGAGUCCACAGAGAAGUAUCGUAAAACUUUGCGACUGUCAUCCGAGCAGAUAGCGAGUCUCGGUCUAAAAGAUGGUCCUAACGAAGUGGUCUUCAGCGUCACCACCGCUUACCAGGGCACAACUCGCUGCAAGUGUCAUAUUUAUAAGUGGAAGUGGGACGACAAGAUCGUCAUCUCCGAUAUCGACGGCACUAUCACGAAAUCGGAUGUUUUGGGUCACAUUUUACCAAUAGUUGGCAAAGACUGGGCUCAGUCUGGAGUCGCUCAACUGUUCACGAAAAUCAAAAACAACGGCUACAAGCUUCUUUACCUAUCGGCGAGAGCAAUCGGCCAAGCUAAGGUUACCAGGGAAUAUCUGAAGAGCAUAAGGCAGGGGGACCUGUCGUUGCCAGAGGGCCCCUUGCUUUUGAACCCCACCAGCUUAAUUUCAGCGUUUCACCGUGAAGUGAUCGAGAAAAAACCAGAGGAGUUCAAGAUAUCUUGUCUCAGUGAUAUUCAAGCGUUAUUCCCUGAAGAUUCUAAGCCAUUUUAUGCUGGAUAUGGAAAUCGAAUUAAUGACGUGUGGGCAUAUCGAGCAGUAAGCAUUCCUAUAAUGCGGAUCUUUACCAUAAAUCACCGAGGAGAAUUAAAGCACGAGCUGACACAAACAUUCCAAUCUUCAUAUUCGAACAUGAGUUUCAUCGUCGAUCAUCUGUUCCCGGCAUGGCGCGAGGAUGCGGCUGACGAGUUCAGCAACUUCGCAUAUUGGCGGGAGCCGAUUCCUGAAGUACCAAAACUCGAAGAACUUUAUGCUCAAACUCAAGCUACCUAGGAGACUCACUCUAUUCCGCAACCAGUCAUUCGCUUAUACCACGAACCAUCGUCGUUAUAUUUAAGCUAACUUUUAUACCCUGUGCAUCGAUCGUAGUGGCCUUGGCAGGUGUGAUUAUCCAUGUAACAUGUUAGGAAUCUCGAAAAUACGAAUGUAUUUCACUUAUUCAAGCUUUCGUCAAAUGUAAACAUAUUAUUUGGAUAUUAAGUCGUUGAGAGAGAGAGAGAGAGAGAGAGAGAGAGAGAGAGAGAGAGAGAGAGAGAAAGAGAGAGAAAGAGAGAGAGAAAGAAAAUAUCAACUAAAUUGCUUUGGUAAUACUUUUAUGGAUUCAUUAUGUAGAUGAUAUAAAGGGUAAAAUUUAUUCAAGCUUAACAUUCCAACUUCGUUAUACAUUUAAGUAAUAAACAGUUCUUGUGUUGGAAUAUACGUGUAUUCCAUGUGUUAAUUGGAUCUAAUCACACCUGUCAAUGUACACAGCGUGCCUAGUAAUUAGAUACGAUAAAAGUAUGCUUCAGAUGAACUUAAGUAAAUCUUGUACACACAAUGCUUGACAUGGUUCUCAAGCUCUCCUAUAAACGAUAAUUGCCGUCGGGUUCGGUAUUAAAUACACUUCAAAAAAUUGAUAUCCAUAAGAAAUUUCAUGAUCUUGCGUGCAGCACGAGUCAUCUAUGUAUUCAUUCUCAUAAUGACAUUCUCAUUGCGCUAAAGAGCCUUGCUUGCCACCACCGCACGCACACACACACACACACACACACACGCGCGCGCGCGCGCGCGCGACUUUUAUACAAGCAAUUUUAAUUGUCUGCGUACAUGCUGUGAAUUUUCUACAUUGAGCUGCGCUGGAAUUUUGCUUAGUGUAAUUAGUGAUAGUGUAUCAUCAUAAUUAGCAUAUAAGAUAUGUUAGUGGGCAGUUAGUAGGAGUAUUUAUACAUCGCUUACGUUCCCUAUUUUUAUUCGGAGAAUCGUAAUUUAUUUUUGUAUGAGAUCUCGAUUAAGUUAGCGUGCUGUGAAAUUGCCAUAUUUGAACGGAUAUCAUUUACAUUGUGAUAUUUCUGAUCAAACUAGGGCUUACAAAGUAGAUAAUGUAUACAGACGUGGAUUUCCUUUGAACGUCAGCGUUAACGUAAUCCCACGAAAUAUGAACGUGUCCUAUAUUCCGUAUUCCAUAAAUCGUGCGUGAUAUAAUUUUAAUUUAUUUAAUUGUCCUCUCUAAUUAUGAUUUUUGUAAUAUUACAUUUUACCAGCCUUUGUCUUUCGUACGUUACCUAAACAAUAUAAUUGACAUAUAGAUUAAAUGGUCGUUUUUUUUCUUUUUUUAGCUCGAUUAAAUUUAAAAGUAUAGUCGACUGGUUCGUUCCUCAUGCUUCUCAAAAGUGAUGCCAUUGAAGUAAUAAAGGUACAAUUACAUCCAACCAAAGAGGAUAGAGUUACAUUCACAAUAGAUUAUCUUAUUAGGUAAUAAUUAAACUAUAAAUGUUUAUGUAAAUAUACAUUUUCAUAAGAGAUAGAAGAAUAAAGUUAGGAUCGAAACAUAAUUUAUCUAUAGAAUACAAAUUCUAUAUCUGUAUGAUAAAAUAAGCUUCGAUUUUAGUUUAAUUUUUCUAUCUGAUUCUUAUUAAUGUAUAUAUUUACACAAGCACUUGUAGUCAGUGAUGAUGCGCUCGUCGCAAUGCAAUGAUAUAGAAAAAUUAUCGAACGAAUUACAGAUAGUUUUAAAUAUUUUUGUUUAGUCAAAUGUGAUGUAGCACAGAAAAGUUUAUAAGUUUAGUGGAGGAAUUUGGGAAUUAGAUAUUAUGUAUAGAUUUUGUAUUCUUGUUUGAGAAUGCAGUUUCAUUUAAUAAUUAUUUUAAUGUAUAAUGUGUAUAUUAUACGAAAUAAGCUUGUAUUAUAUAUUUGUAAUUGUUAAAUAUUUAAUUUGUAGCAUUAUAUUAUUUGUUUUGUUAUGAUUCAUUACUUUGAGUACAAAUAAAUCCAGUCUUUUUGUAAUUCCUUUUGAUUCUGUUUAUAAUUUAGUUAUGUAUUAUCAUAACAUACAGUUGUACUUUGUAUAAAACUAAUAGAAUUUUCAAUUUUUUGAUAUAUACAUUUAAACUUGAAAACUCGAAAUAACAUUACAUAAAGUGAAUAUGUUUGUACAAUUGGAGAAUUGUUAUAUAUGAUAUCUCCUUACUAAAUAAAAUUAAUUUCUACGUAAUAGAAAAUAUUUGAUAAUAAUUUUAUACACAACAUGAUAAUGUUAAAAUUGGUAUUAUGUAUGGAAUGAUGCAGUGUCGAUUGAGCUUUGUGUCAAUAACAAUUGUGUAAGAUGAUCUCAUUCUCAUAAUAUGUAAUAUGUUUCAUCGAAUUCAGUUUACUUAAUUCUCUUGUCUUAGCAGUAUUAGCACAUCGCUAUGCUUCUAUAUGUAGUAAAUGUAUGUCUUGUAUCCUUUGAAAACAUGAACAAUAAAAACCACAAAAAUGGCUACUUCAUCAUAA